UCUGAAUCAGAGAGAGAGGAAGAGAGCUGGUGAAGGUUCACCACUACUUUUCCUGCCACAGUUUGCCUCUACAGAAAGGAUACUUUAAUUGUGAAGCUUUCAGUUUUUCUCUGUCAAACUUUGUGGAUUUUGUAGACGUUGGACUACAGGAAGUCUGGAAAGAAACUUCAAUCUCUGCUGAACUUUGGGACUGGAUCUAAACUUCUGUUAGUCAGUAUCAACAACAUUUAAAGAUUGUAAACUGAGUCUUAUUUUGGGCAAAAUCACUAUCUGAAGGAUUACUGCUCUAUCCUUUGACAUGGGGUCUAGGAAGGAGCUGCUCAUUCUUGGUUUAUUAUGCUUGCUGAGGAAAUGUGUCUCCAAUUGCUCCCAAGGUUACAACGUCAUAGGCAAUGGUCAAUGUAUUGACAUGGAUGAGUGUGAAGAAAUUGCAGACCCAUGUGGAAAACACGCAGAGUGCCACAACACAAAAGGAAGCUUCUACUGUCAGUGCCAGCCGGGAUUCAUGAACAUCAGAGGAAAGAUCAACUUCACGGAGCACAAUGGACAGUGUCUAGAUGUCAACGAGUGCAACAAUUCUAAUCCAUGUGGUCCUGGUGCUUAUUGCAAUAACACGAUUGGGGCAUACACAUGCAUCUGCCUUCCUGGGUACACCAACAGCUCUGAUGGCUGUGUGGAUAUAAAUGAGUGCAAUGAAGCUGAAAGUAGAAAGGAAGACAUCUGUGGAGAACAGGGGGCCUGUGAAAAUAUCAAUGGGAGCUACUGGUGCAAGUGUCAACCAGGAUUCACCAACUUUGGCAAUGAAAAGAUCCCGUGUUCAGAGCUCGACUGUAACACCUUCAGCUCCAACAGUGGGCCAGCACAGUCUCUUGGAGGCCUGGCAGACAUUUUGUCCAUGAUGAGAAACAGCUGUUUGGCUCUGUCUAACCCAACCACUGGAAGUGAAGUGAAGUCUGACGGAAAGGCUCUACUGACGAAACUUCUCAAAGCGACAGAUGCCAUCCUGUCUCCUGAUCACCUGGACAACAGCAACAGCGUAAGUGGUCUGCUUGACACAGUGGAGAACUCCAUCAGGGUCAUCGGUCCACAGCUCAAAGAGAACCACACCAGGAUAAACGACACCAAGACAGAGGCAGAGAUUGCGGUACAAAGAGGAAAAAAUCGACCCACAGGACCCAUCCAUCUGAACAAUGCAAAUGCUAGUCUAGACACUGACUGGACAACAGCAGCUGGGACAGGACCAUACCCAGGUUUUGCAAUGGCGGCAUUAUUAAGCUACAAAAACCUUGAGAGGUCUGUAAAUGAAUCCUUUGAGGGGCUCUCAGCUUAUAAAAAAGACGGAGUGGAUCCUUCCUUUCAGAUCUUCUCCAGAGUUGUGUCGGUUGUGGUCUCCAACCCCCACACCCAGAACCUGAGCCGCCAUGUCAACAUCACCCUCAGACAUCUGGAAGCUCCACUUCUCCUAGACACAGAGAAGUCUCCUAAUGUGAGCUAUAUCUGUGUGUACUGGAGUGAGAGAGGAGCCUGGUCACCAGAUGGAUGUUAUCAGCAGCGCUCCAAUACCACACACACAGUGUGUUCAUGUGAACAUCUUAGCAGCUUCGCAGUGCUGAUGGCCCGCCACGAUAUGAAGCACACCUUUGGACUCGAGCUGAUCACCAAGAUAGGAUUGACCAUCUCCCUGCUGUGUCUCAUCCUCUGCAUCCUCACAUUCAAGUUCUGCCGCUCCAUACAAGGGACCCGAACCACCAUCCACCUGCACCUCUGUAUCUGCCUCUUCAUGGCUGACCUCAUCUUCCUGGCUGGCAUUUCACAAACAAAACCUGUGGGUGGCUGUAGAUUUGUUGCAGCCAUGCUCCAUUUCUUCUUCUUGGGAGUGUUUGCCUGGAUGCUGUUAGAGGGGGUGCAGCUGUACCGCAUGGUGGUCCUGGUGUUCAACGCCACCAUCCGGCCCCUCUACUUGUACAUCACUGGUUACGGGGCACCUCUUGUUAUCCUCAUUAUAUCUGCCAUCAUUCGACCUGAGGGAUACGGCACUGACCAGCACUGCUGGCUGUCUCUGAAUGACGGCCUCAUCUGGAGCUUCUUCGGCCCUGUGUGCUUCAUCAUCAUCCUCAACGUCUUCUUCUUCAUCAUCACUGUCUGGAAGCUCGCCCAGAAGUUUGCCACUCUUAACCCAGACCUCUCUAAACUGCACAAAAUCAGAGCUUUCACAGUCACUGCAAUCGCCCAGAUGUGCAUACUAGGUCUGAUGUGGGUGUUCGGUGCCUUCCUGUUUGAAGAAGGCCCCAUGGUUGUGGCUUAUGUCUUCACUAUCCUGAACAGCCUGCAGGGAGCGUUGGUCUUCAUCAUGCAUUGUUUGCUUUCUAAGCAGGUGAGAGAGGAGUAUUCCCAUUUCCUGUCCUGUAUCUGCACACCACAGAAGAAGAGAUACUCAGACCUCAGCAGUACAAAUCCCUCCAGCAGUCAGUCUCAAGCUUCUGGGAGCGGGCAGCACACAGGAGAAUCCCAAAUAUGAAGAUGCUUUGGACAUCAAAGUGAUAUGAUCACAACUGAAACCUACCGUGGCUAAGUUAGCCCUCAUUUUUAAAUUAAGACCACUUCAAAUAAUAAUAAAAAAAGUUUUGUUGUAAUUUGAAACUAGGAGUUUAAAGGUGGCAUAUCUUUCCCAUUUUCCACCUUUAACACAGUCCCAUGUGGUCUAAAUUAAACAUCCAAGUCAUUCUUUUGUGAAAAUAUAACAUGGAUCAAGCACCAGAGGAGGAUUUUGAACCUGUUUAAACCUGAUAUAAACAGCCUCACUCAGAAUGAUCCCUUUAUCUGUGUUACCUGACACACCAGAAAAGCUGUUUCAUGUAUCUAUUGCAUGGGAUAUAUUUCACUUCUGUCUGUGCAACAACCCAUAGGUGUUGUUAAGGAAGAGCAAAACCUUUGAAAAUAAUCUCAGAGGGUGACUCGAUUUGUCACAGUCAUUAAGGGCCAAUCAGAGUGACAAAACAUGACGCAGUAGGCAUGGGCCUACAUAAUGAGUAAACUACAUAAUGUAAGCUAGUCAGGCAGCCAAUAUCACUGUUCACUGUCCGGGAGCCAGUUGGUAAAUCAAACUCAUGCUAAGAGAAUGAGAAGAGCAAAAACAUAUUCUCCACUAAGAAGUCUUUCAGUGCCAUUCUCUGCUCUUCUUUGAUAAAGAAAUGUUUUGCCCAAUUCUGAUAAAACUGCUGUAAAACCUACAUCCAUGCUAGUCUCUACAACUGCUGCCAUUGUUCAAAAACUUAAAGUACAACUAGACCACUCCUGUAGUUUCUGCCUCAUUCUCCUCGAAUAAGGCUGAUUGGUCCACCCUUUUUCUUACUGAGACAAAUAUUUCAGACUGAAGCUUUGCAAGAUGGCUCUGCCUAAUGGCAGACAUGGAGUCUAGCCAACCCAUCCAAGACAGACUGGCUGCAGACCGUUCAUUUUUUAUGGCUAAUCCCACAGACUGUUCAUCUGUGAUACCAUAUAUCUAAUAUCUAAAUACCAUAUAUGCUAAAACGUUUAAAAUGAAAUUGUAUUAAGCAAGUAUUUGGGGUUAAAGUUGGGUUAGGGUAUGAGAAGUUAAAAGUCCAAAACCUGACCUGCAAAACCUAAUUAGACAAUGUUUAAUAAAGCAGAGUAAACAGUCUGCCUACAGGAAAAAGCUCAUCCUCCAUCAAAAUAUUCAAUGUAGCAAGCUUAGCAUAUGUAGCACAAUUGCAUAAACUACAUGGAUAAUAGAGCUAAGAAGCUAAGUAGAAAAUGUAGCUAAGUCUAAGCACACAAAGCAGCCAUAUAUCUAUAUUAGCUGUGUAACAAAGUUAGCUUAGGCUACAUUUGCUAAAGCUAACAUUUCCAAAAUAACUUAUCUAUAGAAAACAGAGCUAUUUAGCUAAUGUAGCUAUGUAACAAAUGUAGCUAAAGAUAAGCUCGCAAAGCAGCUAUGUAAGCUACAUAGGUACAUUAUCUGCGUAGGUAUGUUAGCUUUAGCUAUGUUUGUAAAAAUAAAUGUUUCUAAUGCUAACUUAGCUCUAGAUGUUGGAGCUAUAUAAUUAUGUAGCUAAAAUAGCUAAUAUUUUGAAAGCUAAGCUCGCAAAGCAGCUAUGUAAACCAUGCAGUUACAUUAUCUACAUUUUUAUGUUAGCUUUAGCUAUGUCUGCCAAUGCUCAAGUUGCUAAAGCUACCUUGCUACAGUGAUUUAUGUGGUAAUGUUAAUUAUGUAGCUAGCGUCGCUAUGUUUGCGUAGCUAAAGCUAACAAAGAUAAAGCAAGCCUCAUUUGUAUUACUACAUCUAAAAUGGGUUUGUACAUAAUUUAAUCUCAAAAAUGACCUCUGAUCUAGUCUAUAAUAUUUGCCAUGUUGUUGUUUUGUGAAUGUAACUUCCAGAUUUAGUUUAUGAAUUAAGUUAGAUUUAAAUAAAUGAAAAUUUAAAUGCAUUGUGAAAUACAUUGUUUUGCUAAAUUACGGGACCUCCUUUCUGAGAUAUCUGGUGUCUCAGAUGAACAGUCUGUGAGAUACAUGGUCAUGGCCAGACCUCUUUUAAUCCAUCAGCUUUGCUGAGGUAUUUUGGUUGCGAGUCUAUUUAAAUGUAUAUGAGCUCCUUCUCACCCUGCUCCUCUAAAUGGAUUGUCAGAUUUUGUGUUUAUAGACAUAGGUGGACCACCAAUACAGGACUGGGUUUGGCCUUUUUCACGUAAGCCAACAUGGGGGGUUGUGGGUCAGUCAAAACUCCAGAUGCACACAUUUAUUUGCAAAAUGCUAAAAAGUGAGUUUUAUGCAACAUUUCCACUUUAAAGUAACAAAUAACUAGUACCAGUAUUUUCACCAUUUAAAACCAGUUUACUCAUAUCCAGUUAUAAAAGUGACAUUAUGGGGAGUGAUGCAUGAUAGGGGAAAAAAUCCCCAGUAUUUACAUGUCACAUUUGGUGGGUCAAGUUUUACUGAUAAUGACUAAAGGUUGAGGUUAGUCUAAUUGUAAAAAAUGAGUAAUUUUUGUUGGAGCUGAGUUUGUUGGAGUUGAAGAUAUUUCUGUAUCUUAUGUGUUCAUGCAAAACAUAUCACAAUCAUAAUAUAAGCUGUAUUGGAGUGAUCCAAGGUGAAACUUAAGCAGAGUAUUUAUUUUUAGUAGGCUACAGACGUCUACAUAUUGUGGGAGGCAAAGAAAUAUGAAUGAUGCUUUAAAGUAAAUAAGAUUAUAGUGGGUGCGUUUGACAGCAUCUUCAUAGACUAUAUUUUUUUCCAUGUGCUGCAGAUUUUACAGUUUUUUUUAAUUAAGAGGGUGAUAAAAAUACUCCUCUAACCAAACUAUGGGUCUGUUGUUUCCAUUUCUAAACAAAAUAAGUGACUUUUAUUCACUUGUGGCUGUUUUUGUGAUUGCUGUACAGCUGUGCCUUUCAAGACUGGUAUUUAUAAAUAUGUUUUUUUUUUAUUAAAUCAUCAGAAAAGAAAACAGAUUUAGUCUAAAAAUGGAAGUUCAGGAUAUUUACAAAAAUGGACCCACCCUUCUGAUAAGCCUGCAGCUUCCUGUAAUCAAACUGUUUCUUGGAAAAGAAACCCAUUUUGUUUGUGUUUUCUGAAGAUGAGAGAUUUGAUGGUAUCAAACAUCUGAAAUAAGAACUUCAACUGUUUGAUGAAGUUAAAUGUAGUACAAAUGGUAGUUUAUUCAUUUGAUUGCACUUUUAGUCUGUUCAAAUAUUAUUUCAGCAGAUCUUAUCAUGGGAUAUUCUAAGACUUGAGAGAACAGCCUCUGUUAUAGAACCUGAAGUUUACUCAUUGUAGCUUUAACUUGUUGAUUUUUUUUUAAUUCUAUUGAAAUUGAUCAUAAAAAGACAGAUUUGGAUUUGAAAUAUUCUUCAUUGGAUUGGUUUAUCCUUUAAGGUUCAUGUUGGUUCAUACAAGUAAACUGUUCUUCGGUUCUUUUUCUUUAUCAGUGGCUGCACUUUUUGUGACAUUGUAUACCUUUUAAUGCAAAAUGUAUUUUAUGUGAAAAAAAAAGCUAUGUGCAGUUUGCAGCAUUUUGUGAAUGUAAAAUCUGUCUGGUAGAAUAUACUGGAGGCUUUUAUAGGGAGUUAUAUUACUUAUUUUUUAUACUUUGUUUUUUAUGUUGUUCGGUACUGUUUUCAUUUCAAAAUAUGCACCAUUUUUUUAAUUAAAGCUUUUACUCCUGAAGAAUCUGUGAUCUCUGUGUAGUUUUAUAGCACUAUACAGAAAGACAUUAUUUUAUAUUACAUAUUUUUAUUCAGUUGGCAUUACUUUGUAGGAAUCCUUUUUUCACUUUGACAUUAAAGUUUUUCUGUUAAAAAAAGUUUUUGUAAAAAGCCGAGCUAUAUGGACCAUGACUUACUUAUAAAACCAAUAAAAGGGUAAAACAUC